CGGAACCUCCAGCAGAUCCGCACGCCGCUCCCGAGCCUCCCUCUCCAGCCGGACCUCCACAGGCGGCGCGCCUCCCCGGCUCCAGACCGCCCCCCCUCCUCCCCGCCACCUGGAGCACCGCGACUCCCGGGAAUCUGGAUGAAUCAUCGGAGAGUUGGGAAGCAGAAGAAAGCUGAGGAUCUGCCUCCUCGCUGCGCCCAGGAGAGCCCGAGCCAGAGUUGAUGAUGGAGGGGACGUCCCUGCUUCUGCCCAUUGUGCUUCUACUCCUGCAAUGUUCCCCGUCAGCCCCCGUCACUGUGUCCACCAACAGACACAAGGUGGAGGUGGAGGAGUCCAAGGACGCAGUUCUGUCCUGCAUGUUCCGCACAGAGGUGGACCCCAGUCCUCGAAUCGAGUGGAAGAAGAAGGGCAAGGAAGUCUCCUUCGUCUACUUUGAGGGACACUUCAAAGCUCCCUAUGAAGGUCGGGCCACCAUCGAAGGGGCGACCGUGACGCUGCACCGAGUGACGCAGGAAGAUGCUGGAGAGUACCGCUGCGAGAUCAGCGCCCCUCAGGAUUCCGUUACUCUGGGCGAGACGAACGUCACUCUCAAAGUCCUUGUGCCUCCGAACACGCCGUCCUGUGAAAUACCCAGCGCCGCCGUGACGGGCUCUGUGGUGCAGCUGCGCUGUCGGGACGAGCAGAGCAUUCCACCGGCCACGUACUCUUGGUUCAAGAACAGCCAGCCAAUCAGCCCGCCGCGCCUCACCAACGCCACCUAUCUCAUGGACUCACACACAGGAGUGCUGGAGUUUAAAGCUGUUGCCAAAGAUGACUCCGGCCACUACAGCUGCCUGGCGACAAAUGGCGUGGGGAAGCCAAAGAUGUGCGAGGGCAAGCACAUGACCAUAGAGGACGUCAACGUGAUGGCCGUGGUGGUGACGGUGGUGGUGCUCUGCCUGGUCGUCUUGGUCUGCAGCUGCGGAGGCCUCCUGCUACGUCGCAAUGGCUUCUUCAGCCCAGAACACAGAGGAAGGUCCAACGUCAACUACGUCCCUCCCCCUCAAGAGCCGCAGGAUUUCAAACACACUCAGUCGUUCAUGCUCUGAGAAGCCGGCCUUCUGAUCAGAUCACGUGCCAACGAUGGACUGAUGCCCCCUGAGCCCCCGCCCCUCCCCGCCGCGCCCACGCCCGCCCCCUCCUGACAUGGACUCAGAAUGAGCUCUUGAUCAUCCAAAAACAUGCUGAUCUCAAUCUUCCUGCGGGGGCGGACUCUCUCCUGAGGCUCACCUGUCACUGGUCCCAGCCCAGGCAGGAAUCAACACGACUCUCUGCUCUCCCCUGGUGGCAGAUGCGGCCACUGCUACUUUUUCAUCUUCCAAAUAAGCAGGCGGAUCAUACAUGUUUAUUCUUUUUUUCUUUUGAACUACCUAUUAGAGUCCAGAAUUGAACCUCACAGAGCCGGAGAGGAUCAAAAAGCAGUUUACCUCAGACACCAUUUCUCUCCACCAAUUGACCAAGACCAACCCUGAUGUGCCUGCAUGGUCUUUUCUAUAGAAAUCAUAGACAUAUAUAUAGAUAUAUAUAUAUAUAUACCUUGUGCCUUUUCUCAGUUAUCUCUUUCUUUUCUUGUAAAAACUUGCCUUACUUUCUCUUACUAUUUUUGUGCCACUGUUUUAUUCAGCUGGAGUGUCUGGUUUUUGGACAAAGUGUGAAUGGACUGUUUGAUUCGGAUGGGUAAUAAAGAGGUUUUCUAUAAGCCGCCGGUGAUUUAUUUGGCUCCCCUGGCAGGGGAGGGAGCGCAUGAAUGAUUCACGUGUGUCUCUUCCAGAACGCGGCCCUGGCAGGUUGACUGA